UGACCUUGUUCGAUUUCUUGUGUGCAUGUUUUUUCCCUUAUUCGUGCGGCAAGCAAAACCAGAACUCACAGAAUGGAGCAGCCACAACUCCUAGUGGGUGAAAACUUUCCGCUCUUCAAACCCUCCAAAAUCCCCGCCGCAACCGCUUCCGCCGCCGCCAAUGAAAACCCUAACUCCGCCACCACAAACAACAGCAACAAGCAAAACCUCGACUCCGCCCCUGACGAACCGGCCACCGACGACGCCGCCACGUUCGCCGAUCUCGGACUUGCAGACUGGGCGGUGAAAACGUGCAAGGAGCUAGGGAUGCGGGCGCCGCGGCGCGUGCAGCAGCAGUGCAUCCCGAGGGUCCUGGAAGGCCGGCACGUGCUCGGCAUCGACGAGACCGGGAGUGGCAAAACGGCGGCGUUCGCUCUACCGAUCCUGCACCGGCUCUCCGAGCACCCGUUUGGCGUGUGCGCUCUGGUGGUGACGCCCACGCGCGAGCUUGCUUUCCAGCUCGCGGAACAGUUUCGCGCGUUCGGGUCCUCCCUCCGCCUCCGCAUUGCCGUGGUGGUUGGUGGCAUGGACAUGCUCAAACAGACGAAGGAGCUUGUCGCGAGGCCUCACAUUGUUAUCGCCACCCCUGGGAGGAUGAAGUUCUUGCUCCAGGAUAAUCCUGAUAUUCCUCCUGUUUUCUCUAGGACUAAGUUCCUUGUCUUAGAUGAAGCAGAUCGAGUCUUGGAAGUUGGUUUUCAAGAGGAAUUGAAAAUUCUCUUUCAGUGCUUACCAGAAAAUCGACAAAACCUGUUCUUUUCUGCAACAACGACAAGUAAUCUGCAAAAGUUGCGUGACCGUUUUCAAGAUAAGAUGUUUGUCUAUGAGGCUUAUGAAGGUUUUAAAACAGUUGAAACACUUAAGCAACAGGUUAUAUUCAUCCCUAAAAAGGUGAAAGACGUAUAUUUGGUGCAUAUGUUGUCUAAAAUGGAAGAAAUGGGUAUUCGAUCUGCCAUUGUAUUUAUCUCCACAUGCAGAGAUUGUCAUCGUUUAAGUUUAAUGCUGGACGUGCUUGAUCAAGAAGCUGCAGCUCUAUAUUCAUUUAGAUCACAGGCUCAGAGGAUUGAAGCGCUUCAUCAGUUUAAAUCAGGACAAGUUUCUAUACUAUUAGCAACUGAUGUUGCCAGUCGCGGUUUGGAUAUUCCUACAGUUGACCUAGUCAUCAAUUAUGAUGUUCCAAGGUUUCCACGAGAUUAUAUUCAUCGUGUUGGUCGUACCGCAAGAGCUGGCAGAGGAGGACUUGCAUGGAGUCUUGUUACCGAGAGUGAUGUUGAUCUCGUUCGUGAGAUAGAGACUCUUCUUGGAAGGCAACUUGAAAUGCUUGAAUACAAAGAAAAUGAGGUGCUUCCUCUCAUCAAAAAGGUUUUCAGUGCUAAGAAUGCGGCAGGAAUGAGGAUGGUGGAUGAUGGCUUUGAGGAGAAAGCUGUAGAACGGAAAAAACAGAAACGGAAAAUGCUAGCAGAGAAAGGGUUGUUAAAGAGCAGAAGUAAAAAGAGAAAAGGAAUAAAGAAUUUGCAGAGAAAGGGAAAAAACAGAAAAAAGAUGAAGUGGAAGCAUUAGCUGAUACAGCGUCACUGAAAAAAAAGAGUAAGAAGAAAGUAAAUUAGCAUAUCUGAGGAAUCACUUCUUAGAGAACGGAAAGGAUAAUCGAAGAAUACAGCUUUAAGAGGCAAAAGUCGAUGCUGUAUGAGGAGAGAUACCAUUAUAAAGCGUAGGAGCUGUAGCAUAGUGUUUUUGGGAAGUUAUAACUAUUGCACACGGAUUAAGAUCCUCUCAAUUGUAGAUUCUCUUAAGUUUUCUUAAGUUGAAAUUUUGUGUUGAUCUCUCUUUUCAUAUGUAUUAAAUAGGUGAAUUCUUUGAAUAUUUAUGAAGAAAAAAAUAGACUCAAUGUUUUUGAUAUUAACAAUUCACUUUAGAGUA